AUGGAAUCCAAAGUUCUUGUAGAUGACAGAGGAGAGAAAUGUAUAAAACACUAUAGCAGUUCUCACAAGAUUUUGCUAGUUGGUGAGGGAGAUUUCUCCUUUGCCGCAAGGUUAGCAGAAGCAUUUGGGCCUGCCUCAAAUAUGGUUGCCACCUCUCUUGAUCUUGACUGUAAAGUGGAUGCCAACACCAUGAGCCAUCACCCUCUUCUCAAUGUGAAAGCAUUUGACAGAAUUGUAUUUAAUUGUCCUCAUGCUGGUUUAAAUUACUUCAUGCUUCAUCAGAAUGUUAUUAAGGCAUUCUUGAAGAAUGCACGUGAUAUGUUAACAGAGAGUGGUCAAAUACACGUGACUCAUAAGACAUCGUACCCGUAUACUAUGUGGGAAAUAACAAAACUAGCAGAGGAGGGUGGGUUGCAGUUAGUGGAAGAAGUGCCUUUCACGAAAUGGGAUUAUCCAGCUAUCAAAAUAAAAAAGCAUAUGGGUAUAAAAGCAAUAGGACAUUCCCUGUCGGAGAAUGUAGUACUUUCAAAUUUGCCAAUGCCUUAA